AUGGGUAGGCGAUUCAUGUUCCUAUCAAGUGCAAACAAGCUUACACUUCAACAGGCAGAUCUCGUUGGCGAUGAUGCCUGGACAUUCGAUAACACGCUCCAUUACUUUGCACGAGGUGUAUCGUACUAUCCUGGAAACGCAAGUCUGCGUGCCGCAAACGCGAGUGUGCCACCGCCCGCCAACAAUCUGGCGUUCAACGGGACAGGACCGUUGCAUGUUUCACACCCAAACUUCGCCCAGAUUUUCGCGAGCUACAUCGAUGGCGCCAUGGCUGAAUCAGGUAUUCCUGUGCAGCAAGACUUUGCCAGCGGAAGUUUGCUAGGCAGGCAGUACGCCCCACUUACCAUCUCCUACCCCGGCGAAGAGCGGAGUUCUUCACGUUCGUUUCUGCUAGGAGCCUGGGAUAGCGGAAAGUCGAACUUGGUGGUGUAUCCCAACAUGCUUGCGAGGAAGAUUGUGUUCAAUGGGACUUUGAGAGCCAUGGGCGUGGAAGUCGAAGCGUCUUCGUACGGAAACACGAACACUUUCGUGCUCAAUGCCACGAAAGAGGUUAUUCUGUCCGCAGGCGCAUUUCAAUCGCCGCAGCUGUUGAUGGUGUCUGGAAUUGGUCCGCGGGAACAGCUCGAAGCACAUGGCAUUCCCGUCUUGGUUGAUCGGCCGGGCGUAGGCGCAAAUAUGGAAGAUCAUCUGGAUAUCACGCCCGUGUUCGAGAUCGCGAUUGAAAAUGGCGUCGGUGCAAUUGCUGAUCCUUCCGUCAACGCACCGCUGAUUGAACAAUAUCGCACGAAUCGAACCGGACCUUUUACAAACGCAGGAGUGGACUAUAUCGGAUGGGAGAAACUGCCAGACAUGUACCGCAGCAAUCUGAGCGCCGCUGCGCUCGCGGAUCUGGCACGAUUUCCUGCAGACUGGCCAGAGGUCGAGUAUGAAGUCACAGCAGCCUCUCUGUCCGGCAACGACCCAAGCAAGCGCUUCGGCACCAUCGUCACUGUGCCCGUGACGCCACUAUCGCGAGGCUACGUGAACAUAACCUCCAACUCGAUGCACGACCUGCCCCUCGUCAACCCCAAUCAUCUCUCCCAUCCGACAGAUCGAGAAGUCGCGGCGCAGGCGUUCAAGCGGGCGAGGUCCUUCUUCGAUACAGAAGCCAUGCGGCCUAUUGUGAUUCAGGAGGCCAUGCCGGGAGCGAAUGUUACGAGUGACGAAGCUAUCUUGGAGUAUAUCAUGGCGUCGAGCUACCAGAAUUGGCAUGCGUCUUGCACGUGUAGAAUGGGGCAAAGGAACGAUUCGAUGGCGGUGGUUGAUACACAUGCAAAGGUAAUAGGCGUGGAGGGGUUGAGAGUAGUCGAUUCGUCUUCCUUCGCACUGUUACCGCCGGGGCAUCCGCAAAGCAUGGUUUGUAAGUUUAUUGUUUUCCUUUUCUGCGUGGCAGGUUGGUUCCAGGGGAAAGACGAGUGCUGA